AUGACGGCUGUAUUAAAAAAGAGGGCUUUAGCAGAAUAUAGUCAUACGAUUCAAGAACCACCCUUACAAGUUCCAACCAAAAAGUUAAAAUUAAUAAAUAAACCAGCAGCCAGUAGCCCCGUAUUAGCGCUUAUUAGUUGUCUCGAAAGUUGUAAGAAUAGUAGAGAAGUCUUACGUACAUUGCUAAGGACAUCAGACAACUUUGAACUUUCUACCUCGGACAUUCCAGAAGUGUUGAAGAAGUUAAGUGAUCAUUUUAAAUUGGAAGCAGAAUCUGCUGUUAGAGUGAAAAUACUGUCACUUUUGUUGGAUAUUGGUAAAGAACCAAGUGCUGAUAUAAUAUCUAUCAUAGAUGAAGCAAUUAUGCUAAUAAAAAAUGAAGUUUCACAUAAGGUGAUUGCACAGGGCAUCAAUACUAUAUUAAAUUUAGGAAAACUAGUGACAGACAAUGUAUCAUUACAUUAUAAAUUGGUUGAAAUUGCUAAAAAUUACUUGAAAGAUGUUAGUCAUGCUGUUAAAUGCAAAUGUUUAGAAACAAUUGGAGUUUUAAUACCAGUUUGUACUGGAAAUGAAGCUGAUAAAAUAUUAGAAUUGGUUUCAUCAUAUUUUGAUAAUGAAGAUGCACGAGUUAGAAGCCAGGCAUUUUCUACCACCAUUGCAUUACAUGAAAGGGGUAUCAAAAUUAAUCCAAAUGUUUAUAAAGAUGUGUGUAACUGUUUAAAAGAUGAUUAUGAAAUUGUAAGAAAAGUUGUACUCAAAUUGGUUUGGUUGCUUGGUAUUACAUAUCCUGAAAUUGUUGUAACAUUACAAGACAGUGAACAGGAAAUUAGACUCAUUGAUGAUGCUUUCGGUAAGGUGUGUAGUGGUUUAACAGACCUCUCAAUUUAUGUAAGAGCUCUGUCAGCUAAAUUGUUGGGUUCUAUGGUUCUUGUUAGUCCCCAUUUUUUGAAUCAGACACUUGACAAGAAACUUAUGUCUGAUAUGAGAAGAAAGAGAACAGCUCAUGAGUUAGCAUGGGAAAAUGUAACGAGUGGCGAAUGGUCAAGUGGUAAAAAGUGGGCGGAUGAUGCCCCCCGCGAAGAAAUCGACGCAGAUAGUGUUAAUUUAAUGAGUAGUGGUGCUUGCGGUGCUUUUGUACAUGGUUUAGAAGAUGAAUUUCUUGAAGUUCGUACUGCUGCAGUCGAGUCGCUGUGUCAGCUGUCCCGGAAUAAUCCUGAUUUUGCAAACAUCUCCUUGGAUUUUCUGGUCGACAUGUUCAACGACGAAAUCGAAGAUGUCCGCCUAAAAGCGAUUGAUAGUUUGAGAAUUAUUUCCGGACAUAUAAUUUUAAGAGAUGACCAGUUAGAAACCAUUUUAGGAGCGUUAGAGGAUUUUUCUCAAGAAAUCCGCGAAGGGUUAUAUAGAAUGUUAGCUGCUUGCAGAAUGUCUACAACAGCAGGGUUGAAAAUGUGUGUUGAAAAGCUUUUGGACAAUCUUAAAAGGUACCCACAAGACCGAAGAUCUACCUACAGGUGUUUGCAAACAAUCGGAGCACAACAUCCUGAACUGGUGUUGCCCUUAGUCCCCCAAUUUCUCACAAUUCACCCUUUCUUCGAUAUAGCUGAGCCAGACGUUGAUAAUCCACAAUAUAUAUGUAUUUUAAUUUUGAUCUUAAAUGCUGCUAAAAAUCUUCCAACAAUAACUCCCUUGUUGGAGCCCCACACAUUGAGACAUUAUGCGUAUUUGAGGGAUACAAUGCCUAACUUAGUUCCCGAAUUGAGCCUUUCUGGAAAUGUUAACACCACUAUUUCAAGACCCAUGUCCGUCCCUGAAAGUAUGGAGUUUCUAAAGGCAGUUGUGGACAGUGUAAACGCAAAUCAAAACUCCUACAGUACUCAGACUUCAUUUUUACAAACUGCACAAGAACAGUUAAAUCGUUUAAGUAACAUGGAUGCAACUGUAUCUGGUACAGCACAUUUUACAGCCCUGUACAUAGGGGCGCAACUUUUGAUGGCUCAAAUUUUGGAAAAGGGCUUCUGGAAUAAUCCUGGUACUUUGGGUACACAGCAGUAUAAUAAUUUAAAAACCAAUUUAAAAAAUUUGCUGGAAAUAUGUUUGAAAAUGCAAUUUCUUUUCGUGGGUCUAAGCCCUAAAGAUAGUUGUGUUGUUAAACAGUUCAAACUCAGGGCUUUGGCCCUAAAUCUGGUGUAUAUAGUAAAAGGAAGUAACGCAUCUGCCUUGGCACCCUGCCAUCAUUUCAUGACUGCUUUGGAUGAAAUGCAAAAAGAUCUAAAUUCCACGGACUUGGAACCCGAUUCAUUCACAUCUACGGUUUUAAACGAGCUUUCAUGCCUCGAAGAACCCAAGCCUGGAACUGUUGCCAGAAUCCUAAUUCCUAUUUUAACUCAGGCAAAACUAAGAAAAAUCCCUGAGCCAAAUAUGAAUGUUCAAAUGAGUCAGGUGCAAAUUUUGGAACCCAGUGGGCAAUCAGAAACAACCCUAAAAUUUACUGCAGGGCUCAUUAUGGCAGUGCCUUUGGAAGCAGAGUUGAAUAAUAUGUUGGAUCCAAGUCGAGUUCGAUUGAAAAUAAAAUACCCUGAUCAAAAGACCCAAAUUGUUUUGCCUAGGCCUUCUCAUCUGAAACCUUUAAAUUUUGAUGGACCCAAUGAAGAUAAGCAAGUUGGACAUAACUUAAGGCUUCUGACAACAGUUCUUAUUUCACAUCAAGUUUGGUCUGAGGCUUGUAAUAUAGAAAUAAACAUUGCCUUGGCCGUUCCCGAAGGAGACAUUGGAAAAAGAAAGUUUUCCGUGGACUCCCCUUAUUUACUGGACUUAUGUAAACCCGUUAAAGUCAGUGUUGCUCCAAAGCCCAUCAAGAAGGGAAUUUAAUCAAGUGGAACGGUCUUGAAUGAAAAUUCAAAUACAAAACUACCAGGUCAUGUAAAUAAUAUUGUAGGUAAAUAUUUUUUGAGAGAAUAAAUGUUAUUUU